AUGUCAUCCGACAAGAAGACAAUAAUAGCAUUCGACCUCUACGGCACCCUCCUCUCCACCGACUCCAUCGCCAAAGAACUCUCAAACCACUUCGGCGAUGAUAAAGCAAAGAACCUCGCCGCAUUAUGGCGCCGCUAUCAACUCGAAUAUACUUGGAGAUUAAAUAGCAUGUCAAUAUACAAAGACUUCAGCUCCGUAACCCGCGCAUCCCUCACCCACGCCCUAGCAGAGUCACAUCUCUCCCUACCAUCUACAGCAAUCGACUCCCUAAUGCGCGCCUACGACUCUCUUGAUCUCAAUCCCGACGCCGCUCCCGGGCUAAUCUCCCUCCAGUCCUCUACAGCAAUAGACGCGUACAUCUUCUCCAACGGCAGCCCCGCCAUGCUCAAAGCGUCCGUUACAAAGUCGCUUUCCCUAGCCCAGUUCCAAGGCAUCUUCCAGGACAUCGUGAGUGUAGAGGAAGUCAAGGUGUACAAGCCUCAUCCAAAGGCGUAUCAUCAUUUGGCGGGGAGGGUGGGGAGAGGGGAUCUGGAGAGUAUUUGGCUUGUUUCGUCGAAUCCGUUUGAUAUUGUUGGGGCGAGGGCGGCGGGGUUGAAGGCUGCGUGGGUGGAUCGGCAGAGUUUGGGGUGGAUUGAUGGGCUGGGGGAGUUGGUGGGGGGGAAGGGACCGACGGUUGUUGUGAGGGGGGUUGAUGAGGCUGUGAAGGAGAUUCGACGGCAGGCGGGAGAUUUAUAG